ACCACCACCACCAUCUGCGACUUUACAAACACCAGCAGAACGAGACAGCUUCAACCUAAACUUCAAGAGACACAACAGAGACCAGACUGUCUGACCUGCAGGUUACAGCCUCUGACCUGAACCUCCAGCAGAACCUGAGGAGCCUUUGAACACAAAGAAGAACAACAGCAAACGCUGAAGUCUGAAACAUCUGCAAAAAGAGCGCAUCUGAAGAAGAAGAACCAAGACGAGGACGACCAUCAGCAUGUUUUCAACAUCCACCUCCUGCAGAAAGACGGCUGCCUGUGUUGUGGCAGUGAUGAUGAUGAUGAUGAUGAUGACCGUGACGGAAGCCGCAGCCAUGCUGAAACCAGGCGGACAUUCGAAACACCCAUCGAAGACACACAGGAAGUCUGAUGGUGCGACAGUAGAAACGGUCCCCCUGCAGCUGGACGCCAAUUCUUUGGUUCCUUCCAGAAACAUUAGACCUCUUGAGAACGACUCCAUCUCCCCGUGGACGUACAAUGUCUCCCACGAUGACUCCCUCUACCCCUCGGUGCUGUCUGAGGCUCACUGUCUGCUGCAGGGCUGCCUGGACUCGGAGGGCCAGGAGGACCGGAGCCUGGAGUCCAGACCCAUCAUGCACCAGGUGCUGGUGCUGCGGCGAGUCAGGCCGGCAGGGGCGGGACAGAACUACCACUACAGGUUGGAGUCCCGCCUCAUGGCAGUGGGCUGCACCUGUGUCCGACCCAUAGUCACACAGCAACAGUGAAAACCAGCAGAAACCAGACCAGGACCUGGGUUAGUCACACACAAAUGGAGGCUUCG